GCUGCAGCCCAGCACCGCGAUGCACCUGGCUGAAAUGCGCAGCUUGCCCCAGGCGCUGGCGAUGCUAUUCCGGGUCCUCCAGGCGCAGCUGAGCGCCUUGUGGCUCUGCCUAGCGCCCUUCUCCUGCCGGCUCCGGGGGGCGCUGCUGCCGGGGAGGAGCCCCCCGCUGCUGGAGGAGGGCGCUGGGGAGCCGGAUGGCGCCGAGGUGCCCACGGUCCCCACCAGCGUCAACUAUCACUUCACCCGCCAGUGCAACUACCGCUGCGGCUUCUGCUUCCACACGGCCAAGACCUCCUUCGUGCUGCCCCUCGAGGAGGCCAGGAGGGGGCUGGCCAUGCUCAAGGAGGCGGGUAUGGAAAAAAUAAACUUUUCAGGAGGAGAGCCAUUUCUGCAAGAGAGAGGAGAAUUUGUGGGCAAAUUGGUCCAGUUUUGCAAGCAGGAACUAAAACUGCCAAGUGUCAGCAUUGUGAGCAAUGGCAGCAUGAUUAGAGAACGAUGGUUCAAGCGCUACGGUGAAUAUCUAGACAUUCUUGCAGUUUCCUGUGAUAGUUUUGAUGAGGAAGUCAAUGUUUUAAUUGGCCGUGGACAAGGAAACAAGAACCACAUUGAGAAUCUCCAAAGACUGAGAAAGUGGUGCCGAGAUUAUGCUGUGGCUUUUAAGUUAAAUUCAGUAAUUAAUAGAUUUAAUGUUGACGAAGAUAUGAACGAACAGAUUGAGGCACUAAAUCCUGUCCGAUGGAAGGUAUUCCAAUGCCUGCUCAUUGAAGGAGAGAAUACAGGUGAAGAUGCACUGAGAGAAGCAGAGAAAUUUAUUAUCAGUGAUGAAGAUUUUGAACGAUUCUUAGAUCGCCAUAGAGAGAUCUCAUGUUUAGUACCAGAAUCUAAUCAGAAGAUGAGAGACUCAUACCUCAUUCUGGAUGAAUAUAUGCGUUUUCUGAACUGUAGAAAUGGACGGAAAGAGCCUUCCAAAUCUAUCCUGGAUGUAGGCGUAGAACAUGCUAUAAAAUUCAGUGGAUUUGAUGAGAAGAUGUUUCUGAAUCGAGGAGGAAAAUAUGUGUGGAGUAAAGCAGAUAUGAAGCUAGAAUGGUGACUCCAAGUAUUUUUUUAUUGCACAUGUGCUUUGUAGUACUAUAAUAAUAAUUAUUAUUUUUGACAUAAGUAUUGUAUGUUUGUUUCUUAUUUUUAUGCUUUAUAUAUAUGCCAAAGACCAUUUUUAAUUAAAAGUAGAGUAAUGUUAAUUGCAGAGAAAAUAGUGUGUGUAACUUUAAAUUUUAGCUUGCUUAAAACUAAUCUUUUUGAAAUUUAGAUUGUUUUUAUCUACAGUGUACUCAGGGAUUGCUAAAUAAUGAUUGGAUUUAGAUAUAAGAUGAUCUCCCAAAUCUAGUACUUACCUAGUCUCUUAAAAUUCUUAAACUACACCUUCCACUAUGGUAAAAUAUAUUGUAAAAAUAUAUGUAGUUCUAGGCAUAAAGAGUAUUGCAUUAAAUUAGAAAAAGUCAUAUAGGAAAUAGUUUUAAAAUAAUAAAUCAGUGACCCAGAAAAACAAAAACAACAAAUGCAACAUCAUAAUAUAUUUCUUUAAUGACAAGUUAGACAGGUAGAUUUCUUAUCAUGAAGCUUGUUCUGCCUAGUUCUUAAGAAAUAAUAAGUUACAAUUCCAGGCUAGGUCACUAGGGGGCAAAUCAGUAGUGCUUUGAAGACAAUGCUGACAUUUUCUUGAGUACGAACUGUUGAAUCGGGCUAGUUACCAUAAUAUAUGACUGAGGCAUAAGCUAAAUUAAGUUAAAUGGAAACCAGUGCCAAGUGAAACAUCCAAUUGUCAUUUUGCAAGCAUUUAUUUGUGAAAGUGCAUAUUUCCUCCAGUAUUUGUAAAUGUGAUGCAGGGUGCAAUUUUCUCGUGUUCACUAGAGAACACUACUUUUGUUAGGGGAGAACAUGAAAUUUUUCCCCAAACAUAAUCAUGUUUUUACCCUUGAUGGCAAACAUUAUUUAACUGGAAACUGACAGUGUUUCCCAUGGGAAACAAUCUUUUGUUUUAAUAAAAAGUAUUCAAGGUGAAAACCAAGUAUUUUGCUUUUUACGUGAAUCCACUCAAAUCUUACUUUUUAAAUGAUUUUUCCUCCACAUCCUGCUCUCGUGGGGAGCUCUAUUGAAGAGAGUGGACAGAAUUCUGUAAUGCCUGCCUUGUGUUAAAGAAAUGCUAGAGUUAUUUGCUGUAUAUUUUGCUAAGCCAGGAAGUCAGAAACCACAAAGUUCACAUACCAUAUGUCUUCAUUUAGAAGCCAGCUUGGCUUAGUAAUCACCCUUAUUUAGUAGCUGCACCAAUAACAUACAAGCUGUAAGUGAAACCAAUAAAAUUUAAUAACAGCCACCUUUGAUUUCAAGGGGUAGCAUCAACUUGAAAUAUAGUAAACUCAAAAACACGAGUUAGAAGUAAUUUCAGUUAUUACACUUGUGCCUGAGCCGUCCCCCUCCCCCCCCCCCCGCCAAUCGUGAUGGUUUUACAGUUAUGUUUUUCUACUUUUAAAAAUGUUUUUUUCUCUUCCUAAUUUUUUGUGUGAAAACAGAAAAAUUUUUUCUGAAAAAUUGUUUUCUGAAAAUUUCUACAAACAGGCAACUCACUGAGGACCCGAUCCUGCAGACACUUAUGUGUGAGUAACUUUACUCAUUCAGAUAGUCCCAUUGAAUUUAGGCUUGGAUCCUCAAAGAUAUUUUGGCUCCUAACUUCCAUUGAAAUCAGUGUAUAUACUUGUGUCCUUGAAUAUGAUUUUUUCGUAUGGCUAAAAUCUUGGAUCCAACAUAUAUCCUCUGCAGCCAGGCUGUGAGCUGAGGAGUUGGAAUUCUCUGUGAUUGCUGGUCCAGCCCCAGCUUGAGGAAUGGCUAGCGCUAGUAUCUCCUUGUAUCAUUAAAUCCAUCAGCCUACUGCUAAUCCAAAAUGCCUGCUGCAUAGCAGCAUCCAGGGAGCCUCCUCAGGUAUGAGCCACACACACAGAAGUAUACAACCCCUAUGCAGACUCUUUUAAUCUUGCCACCCUUCCUGCCCCUCUGUCAUUUGCACAAGAGAAAUGCAACAGUUUUGCUACAGGAAUAAAAAGAGUUAGAGAGCAGAAGCUAAAAGGUGAAUAGAAAAGCAACUAAAAAAGUUCAUACAUUUAGAAACAUUUGAAAAGAAUGAUAAAGAACCAAAAUGUUCAGAGUGCUGUGAAGAGAGUUCUGAUUUGUGUUCUUACUUUUCACAUGGAAUUCAGUCCUGUGGGAUUUUCAUCGUCUUUCAAUAAAAAAACCCCAAACCCACUGUAUGUGGUAUUGCUUCAAAGGAGAUGAAAAUUGUCUGCACCAAGAUGCAUCACAAUGAGAACUUGCUUUAGUUUUUAAGAUACUUUGAAGGACAAACCUUAGCAGUGAAUAGACACUUUAUACAUUUUACAAUUUAAGGUGCUUCUGAAUGAAAAAAUCCUUGUCGUUUAAAGUUUUAGGUUUUUGACUGUAAUAAAAUGAAGGGUUUUUAUCCAUAGCUAUAAGUUUUAGUAUUAAUCUAGACUGAUGUGUGCUAUUUUUACAUAGAUACAGUAUAUAGAUGUGGUUCCUAUUAGAACAAAUUGUAUAUUUUAGGCCCUGAUCAUUUAGACACGCGCUUGACUUUAAAUAUGUGACUUUAGGUCUCAAUCCUGGAAACAUAUAUGUGCUUAACUUUACUAACAUGAGUAGUCUCAUGGUAGUUAAGAACAUGCAUAUGUGUUUGCAGGAUCAGGCAUUAGCUUGCACAGUAAUUUUUUAGCACUUUUAUUGCUUUUCAUAUUAGGAAAAGUGACAGGUAGAAAGAACUCAAUGCACUUGAAGUCAGUAAGAAUUUUUUCUGAGGAAGUAAUGUAGGAUAUGCCCUAUCUGAUGUGCUUAGCUUUCAUUAUAAACUGUAACUGUAAUAUUUUAGUGUGUUGCAGAAAUAUGAUGUUGCAUUUAUUUAUUAUUACUACUGAAUUUUUUUAAAUGUUUUGUAAAAAGUUGAUAUUAAUAUAUUGUGCAUUGUAAUAAAGUCUUUUAAUUUUCUU